GCCUACUUGUACGUCAGAGAUUUUGGCAGCCCGUGGGUGAACUAUUUUCUUCAUUGUUGACCUUUCCUAAAUCUUAGGUGUAAUUAUUUCAUCAUUAGAAGUUAUUGCCUGUACCUUUAUUGCCUAGUUUAUAAUUUAUUAAUAUCGACGAUGGAUUCUGAAGACGAUACAAAGGACGAUGUUGAUUCUGGUAAUGUGUCCAGUGGAGACGAUGUCGACUUUGUCAUGGACGAGACUCACAGUACAAGGGAACGACAGACGGAACUUGAGGAAUAUCCAUACGAAGUAUUAUCUACAGAGGAAAUUGUUCAACACAUGGUCGAUUGCAUCAAAGAAGUGAAUACAGUUGUCGAGAUACCUGCCACAACAACCCGCAUACUUCUUAAUCACUUCAAAUGGGAUAAGGAGAAACUAAUGGAACGGUUUUAUGAUGGCGACCAGGAUCAACUGUUUGCAGAGGCUAGAGUUAUAAAUCCAUUUAGGAAACCAGUUAUACAGAGGCCAAAGAUCAAUGCAUUUUUUCAGCUGCCAAGGCGGAUAUCAACUUCAGGAACUGAAGAGUGUGAAAUUUGUUUUUCCAUUUUGCCAACUGCAAUGAUGACAGGCUUGGAGUGUGGUCACAGAUUUUGUACACAAUGCUGGUGUGAAUAUUUAACAACAAAAAUUAUGGAAGAAGGAUUAGGCCAAACGAUCGCGUGCGCGGCUCACGCGUGCGACAUCCUGGUGGACGACGCGACGGUGAUGCGGCUGGUCCGCGACCCGCGCGUCAAACUCAAGUACCAGCAUAUCAUCACUAACAGCUUUGUGGAGUGCAAUAGACUGCUCCGUUGGUGUCCAUCACCAGACUGCAGCAACGCAAUCAAAGUGGCGUACGUGGAGGCGGCGCCGGUGACCUGCCGAUGUGCUCACACCUUCUGCUUCGCCUGCGGGGAGAACUGGCACGAUCCUGUACGGUGUUGCCUGCUGAGGAAGUGGAUUAAGAAGUGUGACGAUGAUUCAGAAACGUCAAACUGGAUUGCGGCAAACACUAAGGAAUGUCCGAAGUGCAAUGUCACAAUAGAGAAGGAUGGUGGCUGCAACCACAUGGUGUGCAAGAACCAGAACUGCAAAGCGGACUUCUGCUGGGUGUGCCUCGGUCCCUGGGAGCCUCAUGGCAGUAGCUGGUACAAUUGUAACAGAUACGACGAAGACGAAGCGAAGGCGGCGCGAGACGCGCAGGAGCGUUCCCGCGCCGCGCUCCAGCGCUACCUGUUCUACUGCAACCGGUACAUGAACCACAUGCAGUCGCUGCGCUUCGAGUCCAAGCUGUACGCCUCCGUCAAGGAGAAGAUGGAGGAGAUGCAGCAGCACAACAUGAGCUGGAUCGAGGUGCAAUUCCUGAAGAAGGCGGUGGACAUCCUGUGCCAGUGCCGGCAGACGCUGAUGUACACGUACGUGUUCGCGUACUACCUGCGCAAGAACAACCAGUCGGUGAUAUUCGAGGACAACCAGCGCGACCUCGAGUCGGCCACCGAGACGCUCAGCGAGUACCUCGAGCGGGACAUCACCAGCGAGAACCUCGCCGACAUCAAGCAGAAGGUGCAGGACAAGUACCGAUAUUGCGACAGCAGACGCAAAGUUUUACUGGAGCACGUCCACGAAGGCUAUGAAAAGGACUGCUGGGACUACACAGAGUAAUUUUUGUCUUCUCAUCUCUCACACAGCACACCACACCACACCGCAUACCACAUUGUACCACAACAAAUGUUACAUUUAUAUUCCUUUCAGCUUAUACAGACACGCAAUCAAAUAACCGACGCCUCGCUGGCGAUAAAGUCAUUGACCAAUAGCAUCUAAGUAUCUUUUGGCGCGAACAACAAAACGGUCCGAUUGGUUGCAAUUGUGCGCAAUAUCGAGUUUGAAUGAGGAUCUCUUUGACUUGUAAAUGUGGUGUUACAGUGCACAUCUCGUGAUGAUUUCAAUCUUUGUAAUAUUUCAAAAAAUAAACUUUUCCCCAAAAAACUUAAUCUCGUAAUCGAAUAAUCGAUUUUAUUUAUAUAACACGACGCAAUAUUGAAAAUGUACGGAGAAACUUUAGAGAGUUGGUCGAAACCGGAGUCGAAAUGAAAUUAAUGUACGUGUAACCAUUUCGUAAUAUUUUUCUUUUUAAAUAAGGUACAGUCAAUGCAGCAAUUGUUUAUAAUUGCUUAUUUAAACCUCAUACAGUUUAGCGAGCUCACGUUUAACUGAGGCGAGUCUGCACUGACCCUGAGUAGUUUUCGUAAACUAUAUUAUAUUUGCAAUAUAAUAUGGUUUAAUUCGGUUGUAAAUAUAGGCAUUGGGUUGGAACAUUUCGCUUUCAUUCAUUAUUAAGGUGUCAACACGGGGCUUAGAUAAUAAACUGACGAUCGCGUGUUGCUGAUUGUUAAUAGUAGAAUAUUUUAUUUUAAAUUCAUGCAUCUGAUAUUAGCUUCAAAACUAUAAUCUAAUUAUAGGGCAUAUUUUAUCAAAAUUCUUUACUUGUUUUUGAUGCGUUUGGUUCGUUCAGUUAUUAAUACCAAAGUACAUAAAUGUUUCGAGUAAUAUAUAUAUAUAUAAAUAAUAUGUAAUAAAAGAAUAAUACUGAUACAUGUUUUUAACUGAACCCUUGCCCGUGUGAUCUGAACUUUGUAACAUGACAAACGAUCGAGUAACCAUUAGCUAACAUUUAGACGUAAAAUUAUUUCUAGUUUCGUAAUGGUACGAGCAAUGUAACAAUCGUUUUUUAUCUCUCUUGAUAACUGAAAAAGAAGUUAGUAUGCUUAGUUUCAAUAAUUGUAAGAAUAUUUUUAUAACAAAUCAGAUCUCCCAAAUUACUAACAGUAUGAUAAAUCAUACGGAUGUUGACUUUAACGAACAUAGAUUUUUUAUUAUAUAAUACAUUAUUUUUAUUUUAGUCAUAUAUGAUUCGUCAAAUGAAAAAAAAGUAACAAUAAAUCCGUCUUUGAGAUAAUGUCAUUGUAUUGAUUGUGCAUGUUUUUAUACUUCACUUGACGAAUUUUAAUUUUAUUUAGUGCAGUGUGUAGCGUUUAGUCAAAGUAAUGAAGUUGAAAUUGUGCUUUACUGUUGUUAUAAUUUACGUUUAGUUCAUCAUGCCUUGUAAAUUUAUCAACUAGAAUCGUCACCUCGACUUGUAUUUUAAUGAAAUAGUGGCACAACAUUAUCUACUGUAUCUCUAUGGAUUAAGGAAGAAACUUGAAAAUAUUUUUUACCAAAAAGUCCUAUUUUUGUUAUUAGAAUACUAUUUAUCAGACUUUUAACAUUAAGAUAGCUCAAUAGCGUUUUUAUUCUGUGAUCAACGUUUUUUUGGCGCCUGGCGGCUUGAGUUCCAACGAUCGGCGGUGUCUAUGGCCACUAUGGCCACCUGACUGUUGCACUGUAAAUUUUAAGAUAUCGACUUGUAUCUGAUGUAUAAUAUAAUAAUACAUAAUCAAUGACUGUAACUGUAAAUGGUAAUAUGAAGCUAAGUUAAGUCACAGCUGAGUUAAUCGCGCAGUAGUGUAACGGUUAAGAUAAAUCAAUAAUUCGCCUCCGUGAUGACGGUUAGCGUUAGUCGACACGUUAGCGCGACAACUGAAUAUUUUCGGAGUCCUUGCUGUUUCCCCGAUAAAACACUAGUUCUACAUAUCUUUGUCUCUAAAUAUAUUGGGUUCAGAUCGUGCAUAAGUUAUUUGCACUGCCAGUAAAUGUCUUUAAGUAAAUUAAAUUGAAGCUUGCUGUAAGCGUUCACAUAGUGAACAUCGAAUAGUGUAGAGACGUCCUCCUUAACACCUAUUUCAGGCAAUCAAUUGCACUAGGGCUAGAGAACGGGCCGAUAUCUAAUUGCUUCCUUUGUGCUUCGAGAUGUGUGCAAUUGGUCGCGAUAUGAAAUAGAUGUUAUACGAAAUAAUAAAUUGUCGGUUAUAAUCGGAGGAGCUGUGCGCCACACAUACAUUGUACAUAUAUAGAUGCUGUAUAAAUAUUUAUAUGAUUAAUAUUCAUGAUUCUAAAUAAGGAGCAUCUUGUAUGUGUGUCUUUGAUGACACAGUUGUCUUAAGACGGAAAUAAAAAUAGUAACAUCGAA